AUGAUGACACAUUCGCUUUUGGGUGCUUUCGAUUUCACGUUUGGAAGGACGGAUGCGAUGGAGAGAGAUUUUUAUUUGACUGAAUAUUUGGGUGAACCAUGUUCACAGAUGAAGUGCAUCUUGAAGCAACGAUAUUCAGAUUUUAUUGUCAACGAAAUAACAUGUGAUCAAAAAAUCACUGGUUUGUGCCCAUUUGUGUGCUUGUUUGCAAUGCACUGUGCUGUUGCAGUGGCCGUAAUACAUGAAUGCAUGCAUGCCACUCUGUUCUGGAGAGCAAAUGAGAUUUGCCGUGCUGAGGAUUCGUUGGGUGUAGUAAACGAUACGGAUGAAGUUAAAAAAUCGAUCAACGACGAGGCUGGAAGUCCACCAGAUGGUAUCUCAUCGGAUCAAAUCAGCGAGAUUGAUGAACUUUUAAAAGACUCAUCAAAAUCCGUUAAAAUAUCCACUGAGUGUCACCUCAUUUCAUCCUUCAUUCAGAAUAUGGACAAAACAGGAAGAACAAAAAUUCAUGAGUGGGUUCGGCAACGUUACAACGGCAAACUGAGCUCACAAACUCGUGAUCAGUCCAUUGUAAUUUCGUGUUCUGGUAAUGAUAAUAGGAAGCGUAGAAUAUGGCCAGAAGAUCGACCAGACUAUCUGCAUUUCACACUAUCUAAGGAGAACAAAGAUUCUCUCUAUGCGGUGUCUUUAAUCGCCAAGUUUCUCGGUAUAAAAGCCUCAAAUUUUGGUUUAUGUGGUCUGAAAGAUCGGCGUGCCAUAACCUCACAACGAGUUUCGUUGUAUCGCAUUGACGCGGAGCGUGUUCGUGCUUUAAAUCCGAGAUUACGUGGGAUCCGACUGUCGGAUUUCAGCUAUGCGCCAGAAGCAUGUCAACUGGGUCAACUGUGGGGGAAUCAGUUCAAAAUUAUUUUAAGAUCGGUAAAUAAUUGUACAGAUGACGUGGAAAUCAAUAGGAGAUUAAAUGAAUUUCGCCAAAUGGGUUUCAUAAAUUACUUUGGGACACAACGAUUUGGAUCGUGUGGUAUUGAUACAGCUGAAGUUGGCAUUGCCAUACUGAAGAAGGAUUAUGAAGCAGCUGUUCGCAAAAUACUUAAGCAAAGACCCCUGAAAGGCUGCUUAAAUAGUGCUAUAGAAGAGUGGAAUCAAAGUGGUGAUGCUUCAGCCGCUGUGAAGAAAUUAUUUGGUGGACAGGGAUUUGCUUCAAUCGAGGCUCGUCUGCUGUCAUCGUUAUCCAACGCGAAGGGUGAUUUCAAUGGCGCUCUGAUGAGGUUACCGAGGAAUAAUCGCAGUUUAUACGUUCAUGCGUAUCAGAGUCUUUUGUGGAACAAGAUAGUAUCACGUCGAAUUCAAAAAUACGGAUGCAGCGUUUUGGAAGGUGACAUCGAUGUGGAAGGAGCGAAGCUGAAAGAAACUGAUGAUAUUUCUCGUGUUGCCUUACCGCUUCCAUCAUCCGAUAUGAACUUACCUGAAAAUGAAGUUUCCGAUUGGUACGAGGAGUGUAUGCAAGAGGAUGGUGUAACACGUGAAAUGUUCAAAUCGCUCGAGAGUCAAUACGCGAUUGGAGGUGUGCUGCGACCAAUGGUUGUGAAAGUUGAGAAUGUUGCAUACGAACUGUUGAAAUAUCCGGAUAACGAUACACGAUUACAACCGGAUUUGAACGGUGAAUAUGAUGAAGACAAAAUUGGCAGUGGUGAUCUGAAGGCUGUUUCACUUACAUUCUCGCUACAAUCCGGUUGUUAUGCAACUGUUGCUUUAAGACAAUUGACCAGGUAG